AUGAUGUCUUAUCUUAAGCAACCACCUUACGCAGUCAACGGCCUAAGUCUCACCACCUCCGGGAUGGAUCUUCUCCAUCCCUCCGUCGGGUACCCAGGCCCCGGAGUUAACCAGACCCCGGGCUUUCCUCCCGAGCGGUCAUUGGGCGCUUCUUCUUCCCCAGCAACCCCUCGGAAACAGCGGAGGGAGCGCACCACCUUCACCCGCGCGCAGCUGGACGUCCUGGAGGCCCUUUUCGCGAAAACCCGCUACCCGGACAUCUUCAUGCGCGAAGAGGUGGCCCUCAAAAUAAACUUGCCGGAGUCCCGGGUGCAGGUGUGGUUCAAAAACCGUCGGGCCAAAUGCCGCCAGCAGCAGCAACAGCAGCAGAAUGGGGGCCAGAAUAAAGUGAGGCCUGCAAAGAAGAAAAGUUCUCCAGCCAGAGAAGUGAGUUCAGAGAGUGGAACCAGUGGCCAAUUUACACCUCCAGCCAGUACCUCAGUCCCUGCCAUUUCCAGCAGCAGUGCUCCAGUGUCCAUCUGGAGCCCGGCAUCCAUCUCUCCUCUCUCAGACCCCCUGUCCACUUCUUCUUCAUGCAUGCAGAGGUCCUAUCCUAUGACCUACACUCAGGCUUCAGGCUAUAGCCAAGGAUAUGCCGGCUCAACCUCAUAUUUUGGAGGAAUGGACUGUGGAUCUUACCUGACCCCUAUGCAUCACCAGCUCCCUGGACCAGGGGCCACCCUUAGCCCCAUGGGUACCAAUGCUGUGGCCAGCCAUCUCAACCAAUCUCCAGCUUCACUCUCAACUCAAGGUUACGGAGCUUCAAGUUUGGGGUUUAACUCAUCUACUGAUUGUUUGGAUUAUAAGGAUCAAACAGCCUCCUGGAAGCUAAACUUCAAUGCUGACUGCUUGGAUUAUAAAGACCAGACAUCUUCAUGGAAGUUCCAGGUUUUGUGA